UCUGCGAGAGAGAGAGAGAGAGGAAGCGAGCGCGCGUAUCGGCCAAACCACACCAAGAAUUGUUUCUCCGGCGUCGCGGACGGUCGGCGAGAACUUUUUCGGCGUUUGGCCACACAGACAGGCAUCAGACACGAUAGCGGCACGAGCACGAGGAGUGCACCUGUGAAGAGGAAACAAGCUAGGAACAUCUCAGGAAAUCAAAAUGUCGGACACAGAGGUCGUUGAACCGAAAAAGGGUCGAGGCCGCCCUGCCAACCCCGAAAAGAACAGCGUCGCGCCCAAAAAGCGGGCCCGCGAGGCCGCUUCGCCCAAGGAUAAGGCCGCGGCCGAGGACAAGGCCGACAAGGACAAGGCGGUGGCCUCGGACGAGGAACCGGUGGCGAAGCGCGGCCGGGGCAGACCGAAGGGGGCGGGUGCCGUUGCGAAAAAGGCGCCAAAAGCCAAGAAACCGGAAGCGAAAAAGGGAGGACGCGGUGGGGGCGGAGGCCGAGGCAAGAAGAAGCCCGCCAAGAACGAGUCCAGCGAGGAGGACGACGACGACGACGACGAGAGCGAGGAGGAGGAAAACGAGAGCGAGGAGAACGACGAGUCCGACUCUUAAGCACUCUUACCUUAAAUUAACUUUAACAAUUUACUAAAUUAAAUAAAACAACACAAAAAGAAGAAAACAAAAAAAACACUUGUAAUAUUCAGCAAAACGUAACAUUUUAAUAUAACAUACACAACCAUACACAAACACACACAACUCCAUUCAAAAAAGAGAAAAAAAAACCCAAACCAGACAAACAAUGAAACAAAUUGAUUCAAAAUAACAUACACUUGUACGAAAAAUAUCAAACGCGGAAGUAACGCAAUGUCCGAGAAAGAGAGAGAAAAUAAUAAAAAUAAGCACACACACAUUAAAUUGCGUACCGCCGUCAUCACAAACAAACAAAAACAAAUAUUACAAAAACGAAGAAUUGAACAAUUGUAAAACAAAAUUAAGGAAAACCCGGUAUUCUUUCGGCAUUUGUAGUGAAAUAAAGAAACAAUUCUAAGUUAAA